UGUAACACGGUGACAGAACACAGCUCAUCCUAACUUCUCAUCUUCCCUCCGUCACUCGCCGCCGUUUGUAGGUUAAUCCGACAAACUCUCCUCAGCCUCACCCUCACCCUCACGACCUCGUCGCUACAACAGUGAAGGAUGGUGGUUGUUUUGGCAUCAUCCGAAGUUGUUGGUGGUGGGAUUGGAUGUUGGGACCUUCACACAGGUGCUGAGCAGACCCGCUACAAAUCAUUUUCUUCCCCUUAUCAUGGCCUUGUCUCUGUUGGUGAUCGAUUCCUUGCAUCUUCUCAGGACCGAGAUGGAUCAUCUACCUCUGGUUCUGUUUUUUACUGGUCAUGGUCCAAGCCUCAAGUUGAAGUUAAGAACUUUCCCGCCGAACCUAUUAAAUCUCUUGCUGCUAAUCACAGUGGUACCUAUCUAGCCGGUGGAGGUUUGUCAGGUGACAUAUACAUGUGGGAGGUUGAAAGCGGCAGAUUGCUUAAAAAGUGGCAUGCCAGUAAUCAGGCGAUUCGUUGCCUGGUAUUUUCGGAAGAUGACUCACUUCUGAUAUCUGGAUCUGUAGAUGGAACAGUACGAGUUUGGUCUCUCUUCAUGAUAUUUGAUGAUUUGAGAAGCUGGGAAGCAAGCUCGACUUAUGAGUAUAGUUUUACAGAGCACGUCGGCUCUCAUGGGUGUGUAAAUGAUCUCGUGAUUGGUUAUGGAGGGUGCAGUGCAAUUAUAGUUUCAGCAUCAGAUGAUAGGACUUGUAAGGUAUGGAGCCUAUCUAGUGGAACACUACAAAGAAGUAUAUUAUUCCCUUCAAAAAUGAAUGCCAUUGCAUUGGAUCCUGNNNGACAUAUCAUGUACCUUUUUGCUUCUGGACUUGUCAAUUACAAUAAAAACUUGAUUCGAGCUGUGUAGUUUCAUUUAACUAAGUAACUUCCUCAUUCCAACAGCAAGAAAGUUACUUGCUUAGCAUAUAGCGCCGUUGAGAAAUUUUUAAUUUCUGGAUCCGAGGAUGGAAUAAUUCGAGUUUGGAAUGCCAGUACUCAUAACAUCGUCCGCGUGUUUAAGAAUGCUAAAGGACCCAUAACUAAUAUUCUUGUUCUUAGACAAGAAAAUGACUCAAGUAAUCAUAUGUCUUCCAAUUUACAAGCAGUAUCAAAAAAGCAGGGAUCUCAUAUAUCCCCUUUGGAAAAAUAUACAAAUUCAAUAGAUGAAGACUCAGAUAAAAAGACAGUUCUCAGUCUUGGGGGUUGCAAGAGAUCCAUGGAUGUUUCAUAUCUUAGUUCUCAUGUGAUUUCUACUUACAGUAAUGAACUUCAGCAUCAAGGUUCAGCUGCUGCUUCUGAAAUGGAGAUAGAGAAACUAAAACGUGAUUGCCAAAAGUCGAUGCAGAUGGUUAAUCAAUGGAAGAAAAUGUAUGAAAACUUGCAUCAAUUUUGUGUAAAGGAGCUGCUAGUUGAAAAUAGCAAAGACAUAUUAUUCUAGUUAGGCACGUUUUCAAUCUUUGGUGUAGAAUUUUUGUAUAUAUCUAGCAUCACAAAGUUCCCUUUUGCACUUUGGUUGAUUCCUCUAUUAGUCAUUCUUUUUUGUUCCUUAUGCUGGCUAUAUUGGUGUUUAAUUUUGUAUCCUUCUUCUUGCUUAAAGUUUUAGAUUUUUGAUAGUUACUCCCCUUAAAACUCAUUCGAUAUCUUAUUAUUAACAUUUUAUUGUAUUUGUAAGUGA